CCUGCCUUGGCCGCCAUCGCACCUCACCCUCGCCCCCGUCUAUAUAACGAGAGCCCGGCGGAUACGUGUUUCACCACCCCUUCCCAUCCCAUCCCGCUCUGCUCAGCUCUAGUGUUUUCUCUCCAUCCACCGAUCGAGUGAAGCUCUCCGUCCGCCGGACGAAAGAUCGACGACCAUGGCGGGCACGGCCAACUGCAUCGACAUCAUCCUCGCCAUCAUCCUCCCGCCCCUCGGCGUCUUCCUCAAGUUCGGCUGCGGGCACGAGUUCUGGAUCUGCCUCCUGCUCACCUUCCUCGGGUACAUCCCGGGGAUCAUCUACGCCAUCUACGCCAUCACCAAGUAAACUAGCUAGCAAGCCGUCCCAAGUGUUCGGCGACACAAUAUUUUCAGGAUGAUUUGAUCUCUUGGUCUAGUCCCUCCUUGCUUGUGUGGGUUCGUUUAAUUCUUUUCUGUGUGCGUUGAUGAUGCGAAUUCCUCCGUGGUUUCCGUGGACCGUGUGAAGAGCAUCAUCUUCUUUAUGUAUAUGAUAUAUGGGAGUUUAUAUAUGCUCCCCGAGUGGGAAUACUUCUUCUUAAAGUUAGGCUGGUCACAAUGGGCAAGAACAUAAGCUAGUAACUUACACACUUUCCUAGAUUAUGUUAUUAUCUUUAUAGUGUGUAAGAACAUCUAUAUAGUGUCAUGCAACGAUGUAUUUAUUAGGUUAUAGACUCAUUUUUUUUUAAGUGUGUGAUGUUUCGGUAACUUAGCUAGUUACCACAAGCACCUCUCUCUUCAUUAAAUAUGUGCCACAUAAGCAAAGUUAUAUUAGAGUGUGUGAUGUUACUCCUAAGUUCCUCCCCAUUGUGACCAGCCUUAGAUCAUCAUUGCCUCCCUGUUCAAGUCUGGAAUCGGCCGUGAUAUAUACUGUAUGUAGUCGGGUUUCUCAUUUGAUUUCUUCAGUAAUAAUAAUAUAAAUAAAGAAGCAUCAGGUUCUACUGGGA